GGCGGCAUGCAUGGCACGGCACACAGACAAUAUGGAAUGGGCACCCGAAAGAUGCGCAUCCAGGCACACCAGACAGAAAGGAACAAGCCAUUCUUCAUUCGUCAUUCACUCGGAUUUUCCCCCUUCUCCUCGCACACUCCCUUCUCCGUGCUCUCCUCAGUAUCCUUACUGUGCUCAGUGCGUUCAGCAGCGGCCUGUGGCAAGAAGUCCUCCAAGUCCACCAGCUUGGGCUUCACGAGGAUGUCCGUCUCCCGCGCCUCCUCCUCAGUCACCUGCCCUCUCUGCAGCCUGUCCCAGAAGUCUUUCUGGCUGGCCGGCACUGGAGGCGUCAGCACCUUGACAGGGUCGUCUUUGCUGGCGCCGACCGACGCCAGUGCCACAUCCACCAAUGCCGUCAGAUCCACCUCAGUAUUUUCGUAGGUGAGGUCAGUCACGUCAUAGCCCUCCCUCGCGAGGCCGGUCUGCCGGUUGAUCUCCGCCAGGUAAUCCUGGGCGGUCAUGUCGGGGCGAUAAGGCACCUGGGCGUACUGACAUUUCCACGGCUGACGACACUCGACGACACACAGAAGACAAGACAAGACGCCGUGUAAGUCUAGCUCUAUCAUGCAAGACGACAGCGGGCGAUUGGCUGACCUUAUCGCUGCGGCAGGCUGAGACGUACUUGGACGGCUGUGCGGGUGUUUUGUCGCCGCCCUGCUCGACCGUAUCCAGAUCCGUGCGCUGCUUCUUGGCCGGCGGGCCGUCGUGUGCUGCACUCGAGGAGGGAUCAACAGGGCUGGUGGCAUCGCCACUGGCAGCGGCCAUGUAGAUGGUGCCUCGACAGCGACGCGCAGUCUUCGACGACACCUGACGGACGGGAGAUGAUAGGACGGGCAGACGGCGGCUGCCGGGGAGGAACGCCGUCACUUGCACAGGCAGGCACACGUGCAGCGAGAGAACCAACACCGCUGCAGCUGAGACAGAGUGAGCCAGCGCCAUCGAGAAAUGAAUGAAUCUUUCGUCCUCUCUUCGUGUUGCGACAGAACAGUUCAUUUCCCUCACCUGUUAGCGAACGAACGGAACUUGCUGUCGGCGACCGAUCAUGUGCGAGCUGAAAGCAAAAGCUCGCCGAGAUCUGACGGGCCUCCCAAAUGCGACGUCUUCGCGGCCUCAU